AUGGAUCAGUUUCAGAGAAGGGAAUGCACUUAUAACAGGGACGAAGGAGAAGAACUGGAUCAUGACAUUGAGAAGUCGUCAAAAAUGACAUUCGGCGGAUCCUCUUCUACGCCUUGGAACUUCACAUCAUCAUCAUCAUCAACAGCAACAACAACAACCUCACCGGCAGGAGAUUUUUCAAGGCUUGCUUUGGGGGCUUCUUCUUCAACACCUGCUUUUGAAAUAGGCUACCGCCCAUCAUCAUCUCCCUGGUCAAUGCCAGGAUCUUUUAUGACUGGACAAGAGAAGCCUAUUUCAGAAGGCUUAAAUAAGUUCAAGUGGAGUCCUGUUCCAUUUGGAAACCCAUUCCAGAAAACAAGAGAAACAUCUGGGAACAACACAUUUGGUAGUACAGGAACAGCCCCACUUCUAUCUAGUACUGCACCAGCUUUUGGCAGUCCUGUACCCUCAUUUUGUGGAUCCUUUAGAAUUUGUCUGAAGUGUGUUACUUGUGGAGGUUUUGAUUGGGUUCCUCAGAUAACAGAAUCAGCAUUCGAGAUAAGUAAUCCAUUUGGUUCAAAACAACCCUUUGGUGGAUCACCUCAGCCUGCGUUUGCUGUUUCUAACAAGCCUGGUUUUGGUACUACUAAUACUACUACUACUACAAGCAGCCCAAUAACUUUCACAUUUGGUAGUACAGGAACAGCCCCAUUACUGUCUAAUGCACCAGCUUUUGGCAGCCCUACACCCUCAUUUUGUGGAUCUUUUAGAAUUUGUCUGAAGUGUGCUACUUGUGGAGGUUUUGAUUGGGUUCCUCAGAUAACAACACAAUCAGCAUUCGAGGGAAGUACUCCCCAGCCUGCGUUUGUUGUUUCUAAUAAGCCGGUUUUUGGAUCAAGAGAUGUAGGUCAAAUCUCAACUGUUAGAUUGCGUAACUUCUGUAGGGACAACAUGAGCCAAGCAAAUGACAUUGGGAAUUCAACAAAUAUGCCAUUCGGGUCCUCUUCUACGCCAGCUUCCAACUUCACAUCACCGGCAGGAGAUUUUUCAAGGCUUGCUGCUUUGGGGGCUUCUUCUUCUUCUUCAACGCCUGCUUCUGCUUUUGAGAUUGGCUGCAGCCCCCCAUCAUCAUCCUCGUCAAUGCCAGGAUCUUUUAUGACUGGACAGAAGAAGCCUAUUUCACAAGAAACAUCGGGGAACAACAUAUUUGGUUUAAAACCAUCCUCUGCUGAAUUUAGGAAAUGGAUUAAUGCUGUUGAGAAAGACCACCGCCCUGGAAUUUUGUUUCAAACAACUCCAACAUUAUUUGGUAGUACAGAAACAGCCCCAUUUCUGUCUAGUGCACCAGCUUUUGGAAGCCCUGCACACUCAUUUUGUGGAUCCUUCAGAAUUUGUCUGAAGUGUGCUACUUGUGGAGGUUUUGAUUGGGUUCCUCAGAUAACAACACAAUCAGCAUUCGAGACACGAACUCCAUUUGGUUCAACACAACCCUUUGGUGGAUCACCUCAGCCUACAUUUGUUGUUUCUAAUAAGCCGGUUUUUGGUACUACUACUACUACUACUACUACUACAAGCAGCCCAACAACUUUUGGGAUUACAACAAAAACUCCAACAUUUAGUAGUACAGGAACAAACCCAUUUCUGUCUAAUGCACCAGCUUUUGGAGGCUCUGCACCCUCAUUUUGUGGAUCAUUUAGAAUUUAUCUCAAGUGUGCUACUUGUGGAGGUUUUGAUUGGGUUCCUCAGAUAACACAAUCAGCAUUUGAGAAAAGUACUCCAUUUGGUUCAACACAACCCUUAGGUGGAUCACCUCAGACUUGUCCUUUAGCAGGUGGAGGGAGUAGAGUUGCACCUUACACUCCUGCAUUUGUGGCGAAUAGUUUAAAUGGCAUACGGUCUCUUGGUAAGGUAAUGUCAAUAUCGGCUAUGCCUACUUACCAAGAUAGAAGCCAUGAAGAACUCAGGUGGGAGGACUAUCAGUUACAGGAUAAAGGUGGUCCCCGUACUGCUUCUCCAUCUCUAUAUGCUGGAUCAACAACAUAUGCAAGACGGUUCUCUUUGUGA